GCCGCUUGGAAAGAGCGGAAGGAAGUGCGCUGCCCUCUCGGCAGGGAACACGUGGGCGGACAGGCCGAGGGAGGUGAGGCGGCUUCCGAGAUGGGGCGCAAGUUGGACCCGACCCGCAAAGUGAAGCGGGGACCGGGGCGCAAGGCCCGAAAGCAGCGCGGAGCUGAGGAGGAACUCGCUCGUUUUCUGCCGCCCGCUCCUGAUGAGAACACAAAGAAGCUUUCCAGUCAUGCUCGGAGAAGAGCUGCAAAGAGGCGGAUCAUGUCUUCAAAACUUCAGACAGGCAAGAAUGUCCCUGGUUGCCAGAUGUUGGCAGCUUCAAAGAACUCAUCGGUGGAAGACGAGAAUGAGAGAGCAGAAGAAGGGCAAGAUGGCUGCCGAACUGGUUACAGUGACGACAAUGCUGCAUGGCUUACUCCUGCUGCCUCUGGAAAAAAGGGACCCAGUCUGAAAGAGAGUGAUGAGGAAGACAGUGGCAGUGAUGUGGCGGAGGGUCUCUGGGAGAGCGAUGAGGAUGAUGUCAGUGAGGAUGAAAUGGUGGAUGAUUACGGAGCUUUGUCAUCCAAUGAUGAGGGAGAGGAGCUCCUCCCAAUAGAACAAGCAGCUCGGAAAGAGAAGAUGGAUGGACAGGGCUUCGGUGAGGAUGACAGUGAGGAUGAUGAAGAGGAGGAGACCCUGCCCCACAAGCAGGAUGAUGUGAAGGAUGAGCAAAACAAAGAUGGGGACCUGCAACUCAACGUAGACACAGACGAACGCUUUGUGCUUCCCAGUGGACAGGAGAUUGAGAAAGAAACUGCUCAGCCUCCGGAUCUGCAGCUCAUUCAUCAGCGUAUAAAGGAUAACAUAGAGGUGCUCCAGGACUUCAGUGCAAAGCGAGAGGAGGGGCACUCCCGGCAGGAGUACCUGGGCCUUCUGCGUCGAGACCUUGCUGCUUACUACUCUUACAGUGAUUUCUUAAUCGAGAAGAUGAUGGAACUCUUCCCACUCUCAGAGCUGGUGGAUUUCUUGGAGUCCAAUGAAGUUCCUCGGCCUGUGACCCUCCGCACCAACACCCUGAAGACACGGCGACGUGACUUGGCACAGGCGCUGAUAAAUCGUGGAGUGAACCUAGAUCCCCUAGGAAAGUGGUCGAAAACUGGGCUUGUUGUAUAUGAUUCCUCUGUGCCCAUAGGUGCCACCCCGGAAUACUUGGCUGGGCACUACAUGCUACAAGGAGCAUCCAGUCUUCUUCCGGUCAUGGCUCUGGCCCCCCAGGAGAAUGAGCGCAUUUUGGACAUGUGCUGUGCCCCUGGAGGCAAGACCAGCUACAUAGCCCAGUUGAUGAAGAAUACUGGUGUGAUCCUGGCUAAUGACAGCAAUGCUGAGAGAUUGCACAGUGUUGAGGGAAACCUGCGCCGCCUAGGAGUUACCAACACUGUUGUGAGCCAUUGUGAUGGUCGCCAGUUUCCCAAGGUCCUGGGUGGUUUUGACCGGGUUCUGCUUGAUGCGCCCUGCAGUGGCACUGGUGUUAUCUCUAAGGACCCCACAGUCAAAACCAACAAGGAUGAGAAGGACAUUCUGCGCUGCGCUCACCUUCAGAAGGAGCUAAUCCUCAGUGCUAUUGACUCCGUUAAUGCCACCUCAGAGACUGGUGGCUAUAUCGUAUACUGCACAUGUUCCAUCAUGGUAGAAGAAAAUGAAUGGGUUGUGGAUUAUGCCCUGAAGAAACGUAAUGUGCGCUUGGUCCCGACAGGUCUAGACUUUGGCAAAGAAGGAUUUACCAGGUUUAAGGAGCGACGCUUCCAUCCUUCUUUGAAAUCUACACGGCGUUUCUACCCCCACACCCACAACAUGGAUGGCUUUUUCGUUGCCAAACUCAAGAAGUUUUCCAAUGCCAUUCCCAAGCCUGUGAAAGAUGAAGAACCCAGUGGGGAACCGGCGCUACAGACACCAAAAGAGGGAUGUGCCCCAGCAGCAACUGAACCUUUGCCUCAAGGGGAAAAACAUGCAGGGCAGAAAGCUGUUAAGAAAAGGACUGCAAAACGGGACCUUUCAGCAGGAGUAGAAGCCAAGAAGCAGGCUAAAGGAUUGCAGAAAGCCGAUAAGCAGAAAAAGCAGUCCUGGGUCUCGGGAAAAGGCUCCUUUCACAAGCGGAACAGGCUCUUGAAGUCUCCUCGGGCCUCUCUUGGAGGUCCGAAGUCAACCCCGAGAAAGAAGCGCAAUCUGCGCCGGAGCCACCAGUAGCAGGAGGGGACUGUGUGGCUGGGUAGUUCUCUGGCAGCUUCUUUAGCCCUUGCUAGGAAGACUGGUGAGAGGCAGCGUGGACAGGUUUGGUGCUCAGGUCCUGUACAUGCUGGGGGCUGACUUCAGAUAUUUAAUGUACCUUUAUCCCUAUUUAAGGGCAAAAGCCGUCUGAAUUAGAACUGCCAGUCAUUAAAAGUUUUUCUACUUGUGUUAUA